AUGCCAGGCAAACGGCGUUCUCCAGUCAAAUGGGACGACUGGAAAGAUAAGGUGAUGCUGCUGGCGAUAUUUGAGCAAAUGAAUAUGAGCUCUCUCGACUUCCAGCGCCUCUCUAAGGUGAUGUGCGGAAAGUAUACUCCGGAAGCUUUGAAGAACCGAUUCAGAGUGCUUAAUAAAGAGGCUACUGUCAUUCUGCGAGACCGUAGUGAGCAUUUCGAGCUGCCAGACACAGCCAGCGAGAUCCUCCCCUUCAUGUCCGGUGGCAUAGCCAGCUCGGACGAUGAUGAAGGGAUGUUUAUUCCCGAAGUGGUGGUCAGAGGCGAGCUGACGCCCCCUCCGAGCGAGCCGUCACCAAGCAUGCAGUCGAAACGAAACGUACCACAAGAGGCCGUUCCAGAGAACGUAACGCCGAAUGCUCCGUCGUCCAGCAUGACCUGGCACACACAAAGUAACAGCAUGCAUCCACAGAGAAAGACAAAUCCUAAUUAUACCCCAAUUGUCCCACGGCGUCCUGCGGGAAAUACUCAACGACCUCCAACAGCACCAUUUUCCACAACAGACAGUUCUUUCUCUCCACCUCGCCAAGUUCAGGCUCAAACUUCUGGACGUUGUUCUCCUCCGAGGCAGCAAGAUCAACGAAUAACUCGGAGCCAGAAGUCUAAGAAGAGUAGUGGAAGACCCUUCAAGGCUAGGAGUCAGCACAACGAUCAUCGGAUCAACCCGAAUCCACCCAUGACACGCGUGGAGAUUAAUAAUGGGCCUGUAUAUACGCAUUUUCACACUUAA